UGCCGGGGCACCGGGACACGGGCUGGCCGACGUCAUCACGGGUGACCUCCUGAUCCUGCUGGCCCAAGGCAUCGUGUCCAUCCAGAUGGUGCUGGAGGAGAAAUUCAUCUUCAGCCACGACGUCCACCCGCUGCGCGCCGUGGGCACCGAAGGUCUUUUCGGCUUCUCCAUCCUGGCGCUGCUGCUGGUGCCGCUGUCCUUCAUCCCGGCGGGCCGGCUCUCCGGGAAUCCUCGCGGCGUGCUGGAGGAUCCGGCAGACGCCUGGUGCCAGAUCCGCCGGGAUCCCCUGAUCCUGGCGGCGCUCCUGGGCAACGUGGGGAGCAUCUCCUUCUUCAACUUCGCGGGGAUCAGCGUGACGCGGGAGCUGAGCGCGACCACGCGCACGGUGCUGGACAGCCUGCGCACGCUGCUGGUCUGGGCGCUCAGCCUGGCGCUGCGCUGGGAGCGCUUCCACCCCCUCCAAAUCCCGGGAUUCGCCCUGCUCCUGGCCGGAGCCGCGCUCUACAACGGCCUGCACCGCGCCCUGCGCGGCGCCGGGAAUAACGGGGACAGCGGGAAUAACGGGGACGGCGCGGAGAGGGAAGCGCUGCUGGGAGGGGAUGGGGACAGUGACAACAGCCAGGGGUGAGCGGGUGUUCCUUGGGAUCGGCGUGCCGGGGAGCGGGAUUGGGAAUUGUCCCCGCGGGGAAUGUCAGAGAGGGGUGGAGAGGUUGUGCCGGCUCUUCCCGGUGGGAUACGGACCCAAGGUCGGCUCUGCCGGAGCCGGUGCCCCAUUCCCAGGGGAUUGGGAUUGAGAUGGAGUUGGGAUUGGAUUGGGAUUGGGAUUGGGACUGGGGCCACAGCCAGCUCUCCUGGAGCUUCUGCCCCAUUCCCAGGGGAUUGGGAUUGAGAUGGAGUUGGGAUUGGAUUGGGAUUGGGAUUGGGGCCAGAGCCAGCUUUCCUGGAGCUUCUGCCCCAUUCCCAGGGGAUUGGGAUUGAGAUCGGAUUGGGAUUGGGAUUGGGACUGGGGCCACAGCCAGCUCUCCCAGAGCUUCUGCCCCAUUCCCAGGGGAUUGGGAUCGAGAUGGGAUUGGAUUGGGAUUCCCAUUGCAACUGGGGCCAGAGCCGGCUCUCCCAGCGCCUCUGCCUCACUCCCAGGGGAUUGGGAUGGGAUUGGGAUUGAGGUGGGUUUGAGGCUGGAUCCACUCCCUUCCCAACCCAUGUUCCCAAUAAAGCCCCUCUGCCCAUUCCACGGGGAUCUCUGGGGGGUUCCUGCAGAAAUCGGGGAAUUCUCAGGGAUGGCAGAGGACAGGGACUGUCCCCAAGAGUGUCCCAGGAGGAUUUGCCCUCAGGAAUGUUCCCAGGGAUUUGGAUUGAGAAUUGUCCCUGCAGGGAAUGUCAGAGAGGGGUGGAGAGGCUGUGCCGGCUCUUCCCAGUGGGAUAUGGACCCAUGGCCAGCUUUCUUGGAGCUUCUGCCCCAUUCCCAGGGGAUUGGGAUUGGAUUGGGAUUGGGAUUGGGAUUGGGACUGGGACUGGUGCCACAGCCAGCUCUCCUGGAGCUUCUGCCCCAUUCCCAGGGGAUUGGGAUUGAGAUGGAAUUGGGAUUGGGAUGGGUUUGGGGCUGGAUCCACGCCCUCCCCAGGCAUGUUCCCAAUAAAAACCUUCUGCCUCUG